AUGGUGACGACAGGCAAAAGUACAAUUGCCGAGAGUGCCAAGACUCCAGUGCUUACGGGGAAAAGUUCACUCGUUAGAUGGGUUCAAACAGUACUCACAUUUACUAUCUUUUUGGCUAUAUUUGGUGCAGCUGUAUCUUCAAGAUUGUUCUCCGUUAUUAGAUUUGAAUCAAUUAUUCACGAAUUCGAUCCAUGGUUUAACUUUAGAGCUACCAAAUAUUUGGUUACACAUUCCUUUUUGGAAUUUUUGAAUUGGUUCGACGAUAGAACAUGGUAUCCACUAGGUAGAGUCACUGGUGGUACCCUUUAUCCAGGAUUGAUGACAACAAGUGGUGCUGUAUGGCAUUUAUUGAAGCGUAUUGGUUUACCAGUUGAUAUUAGAAACGUUUGCGUUAUGUUUGCACCUGCUUUCUCGGGGAUUACUGCAUUGGCUACUUAUCAUUUUACUAAAGAGAUCAAGGAUAGUGGUGCAGGUCUGUUGGCGGCCGCCUUUAUGGCGAUUGUGCCAGGUUACAUUUCUAGAUCAGUUGCAGGUUCUUACGAUAACGAAGCUAUUGCAAUUACCCUUUUAAUGGUUACUUUCAUGUUCUGGAUUAAAGCUCAAAAGACAGGUUCUAUUUUGCACGCAACUUUAACCGCAUUAUUCUAUUUCUACAUGGUUUCAGCAUGGGGUGGUUACGUGUUUAUUACCAAUUUGAUCCCUCUACACAUUUUUAUUCUCAUCUUGAUGGGUCGUUACAAUGCCAAACUAUAUUCAGCCUACACCACUUGGUAUGCAAUUGGUACUUUGGCAUCUAUGCAAAUUCCAUUUGUUGGGUUUUUACCAAUUAGAUCUAAUGACCACAUGGCCGCACUUGGUGUUUUCGGUCUUUUGCAACUAGUGGCAUUUGGUCAUUUCGUCAAGACUAAAGUUUCAUCCGAUAAAUUCAGAGUUGUUAUGAUAGUUUCCCUUGCAUUGAUCCUUGUUGUCGGUGUUGCAGCUCUAUUCGCUUUGACUUAUUUCGGUUUCAUUGCUCCAUGGACUGGUAGAUUUUACUCUCUUUGGGAUACUAACUAUGCCAAGAUCCACAUCCCUAUCAUUGCAUCUGUCUCCGAACAUCAACCUGUUGCAUGGCCUGCUUUCUUCUUCGAUACUCAUUUCCUCAUCUGGUUAUUCCCAGCGGGUGUUUUCCUAUUAUUCUUAGACUUGAAGGAUGAACACGUUUUUGUCAUUGUCUACUCAGUUCUAUGUUCGUACUUUGCUGGUGUUAUGAUCAGAUUAAUGUUGACUUUGACACCGGUGAUAUGUGUUGCAGCUGCGGUGGCACUAUCUAAGAUAUUUGACGUGUAUUUGGAUUUCUCUCACACUAUGAAAAACAAAAAGGUUAACGUCAGUAAUCUAGUGUCACGUCUAUUGGUUUCAUCAACUUUUAUCUUUUAUUUGGUGCUAUUUGUUUUCCACUGUACUUGGGUUAAUAAGAUGGCUUAUUCUUCACCAUCAGUUGUUUUGCCAUCGACUACCUACGACGGUCGUACCGUUUUAAUUGAUGAUUUCCGUGAAGCCUACUACUGGUUAAGAUUAAACACCGAAGAAGAUGCAAAGAUUGCUUCAUGGUGGGAUUAUGGUUACCAAAUUGGUGGUAUGGCCGAUAGAACUACACUAGUUGACAAUAACACCUGGAACAAUACACAUAUUGCACUUGUUGGUAAGGCAAUGGCAUCCCCAGAGGAAAAAUCCUAUGAAAUUUUAAAACAAUUAGACGCUGAUUACGUGCUAGUCAUCUUUGGUGGUCUAUUAGGUUUCAGUGGUGAUGAUGUCAAUAAAUUCUUAUGGAUGGUAAGGAUUAGUGAAGGUAUAUGGCCAGACGAAAUUAAUGAACGAAAUUAUUUCAGUGCCACAGGUGAAUACCGUGUGGAUUCUUCAGCAUCACAAACUAUGAAAGAAUGUCUGAUGUACAAAAUGUCUUAUCAAGGAUACCCCGAAUUGUUUGGUGGUCAAGGUAUUGAUAAAGUGCGUGGUCAAACUAUUCUACCAAGUGAUGUCCUUCCAUUAGAUUAUUUCGAAGAAGUUUUCACAUCUGAAAAUUGGUUAGUUAGGUUAUACCAAUUGAAGAAAGAAGAUUCUGAAGGUAGAUCCCUCAAGGAUGCAGGUGAUUACGAAAGAAGUACUACUAAAUCAAACAAAAAGAAGAAUUUCAAGAAACCCGACUUAGAUUUAAGAGUCUAA